AUGAAGCUACCUGAAGGAGAUGCCAGGCUGGGCCUCCCAGCCCCUGUCAAGCCCCUGUCCUUUCACGCCAAGGAGACUUUCGAGGAUGUUGCUGUGCUCCUCUCCCAGGAGGAGUGGGGGCGUCUAGGCCCUGCUCAGAGGGGUCUCUAUAGACAUGUGAUGCUGGAGACCUAUAGGAACCUGGUCUUCCUGGGAGCUGGACCUGCAGGUUCCAAGCCUGGAGUGAUCACACGGUUGGAGCCAGGGGAUAAGCCAUGGGUCCUGGACAUGCAGGGUGCCGAGAGGAGGGAGUGGCUGGGAGUCAAUGACUCAGCUUACGGGACCAGGACUGAGUACAAGGAGUUGACUUCAGGGGAAUGCUUGGUGGGGCAGAACUGGACUGACUCAGGAACUGUUGCCGAGGGACCUGCACCAGGAGAAGCCUGUAAGCAUGUCCUGGGAGCCAGAGGAAGCCAGGACAAGCCCAUGGAGCAGAGAGGUCCUAGUCCAGUCACACUGACCAACAGGGAGAGAAGCCAGGAGUCUGGGAGAAGCCUCAAGUUGGGGUUAAGCCCUGUCCCUGAUCACAGACCUUACAAAUGCAAUAUAUGCGAGCAAAGUUUUGAACAGAGAUCGUAUCUCAAACAUAAGUGUGUACACAGGUCAAAAAACACAAAUAUAGUUCAUGAUUCUGGGGAAAUCUUCAGUGCAAAUUUAGUAGUUAAAGGAGAUCAGAAAAUUCCUUUUGGGGAAAAACUGCAUCUUUGUGGUUACUGUAGGAAAGCCUUCAGGUACAGUGCUAACCUCAUCAAGCACCAGCAGCUUCACAGUCAAGAGAAGCCCUGCAGGUGUGAUGAGUGUGGGAAAGCCUUCAGCCAGAGCUGUGAGUUCAUCCAUCUCCAACAGAUGCACUUGGGGGAGAUCCCCUACUGGUGCGACACAUGCAGAAAAACGUUGAGCCAGAGGCCCAACAUCAUGAAGCAUUGGAGGAUCCACACUGCGGAGAAGCCCUGCAAGUGUGCCGAGUGUGGGAAAGCCUUCAGUGACAGCUCAGUCCUUACCCGCCAUCGUCGGACCCACACUGGAGAGAAGCCAUUUGAGUGUAAGGAAUGUGGCAAAGGCUUUACUCAAAGUUCUAAUCUUAUCCAACACCAGAGAAUUCACACUGGAGAGAAACCCUAUAAAUGUAAUGAAUGUGAGAAAGCCUUCAUUCAAAAAACCAAACUUGUUGAACAGAGAAGCGACACUGGAGAGAAGCCCUAUGAAUGUAAUGACUGUGGCAAAGUUUUCAGCCAGAGCACACACCUCAUCCAGCAUCAGAGGAUCCACGAGGGGGAGAAGCCCUACCCGUGUGGUGAGUGCGGGAAGGCCGUCCACAGCUCCAGACUCACCCGUCACCAGAUCGCUCGCGGGGAGAAGCUGUACAAGAGCAGCGAUUGCAAGAAGGGCUUCAGCCAGGGCACUUACCUUACCCAGCACUGGUGGAUCCACACUGGGAAGCCCUACGAGUGCAGCUCCAACACGGCCCAGCACCAGAGGUCCACCUCCAGAAACACUUCUCCGGGUGAUGCUGGAGGCCCAUGA